AUUCAGUUCAGCCCCACUUUGCUGUCGUGACACCACCUGACGGAUGAUGGCGGUGUAAGUAAUUUUAUUGUUUGCAAAACAAUAACAGAAGAAGCCAUCAUUGCUCACACCUCUGGGUAUCUUUGUUGAGACGGCUCCUCAAAGCUAAAUAAUGUCAUUAUCUCAUCCUGCUGUUUGAGUUCUUGCACCUGUCCAUAAAGAUGAAUCGUCCAAAACCUACAACACUGAGGCGCCCUAGUGCUGCAAAACCAUCAGGCCAUCCUCCACCAGGGGAUUUCAUCGCUCUGGGCUCAAAGAGCCAGACAGGAGAGCCCAAAGCACCUCCUGUCCUCCUAAAGCCAGCAUCAACAGGUUUACCUGCUGACCGUAAGAGAGAGACUUCCUCCACUCUACCUUCCUCAUCUGGUUUGUCUACCCUAACCAAGAGACCCAAAUUAGCCACUACACCUCCUGUCAGUGCUCUGGGACGCCUUGCAGAUGUUGCAGCAGUAGAUAAGAGGGCUAUAUCACCCUCAAUAAAGGAGCCUUCAGUGGUACCAAUUGAAGUGUCUCCAGCUGUCCUGCUGGAUGAGAUUGAAGCUGCAGAGUCAGAGGGAAAUGAUGAUCGUGUGGAGGGAUUGCUGUGUGGAGCAGUGAGACAACUGAAGAUGAACAGAGCCAAACCGGAUAUCACUCUGUACCUCAGCCUUAUGUUUCUGGCCAAAAUCAAGCCCAAUGUCUUUGCUACCCAGGGAAUUAUUGAGGCAUUGUGUAGCCUCCUGCGUCGGGACGCUUCCAUCAACUUUAAGGCAAAAGGCAACAGCCUGGUGUCAGUUCUGGCGUGCAAUUUGCUCAUGGCAGCCUAUGAGGAGGAUGAGAACUGGCCAGAGAUCUUUGUCAAAGUUUACAUUGAAGACUCGCUUGGAGAAAGGAUAUGGGUUGACAGCUCCCACUGUAAGACUUUUGUUGAUAACAUCCAGACGGCUUUUGCUACAAAGAUGCCACCCAAGAGUAUGCUGCUGCAGGCCGACAGUGGUCGCACUGCUGGGGAUCUCAGUGCAGGUAACAGCCCUCAUCCAUCAACACCAGAUGAAGAUGACAGUCAGACUGAACUACUGAUAGCAGAAGAGAAACUUAGUCCCGAGGAUGAAGGCCAAAUUAGCCCAAGGUAUGAGGAACUGGCAGAGAGUGUGGAGGACUAUGUGCUUGACGUCUUAAGGGAUCAGCUGAACCGCAGGCAACCAAUGGACAAUGUCUCCCGAAAUCUGUUGCGUCUGCUCACAGCAACAUGUGGCUACAAAGAGGCACGUCUUCUGGCUGUGCAGAGGUUGGAGAUGUGGCUCCAGAACCCAAAGCUGACUCGACCCGCUCAGGAUCUCCUCAUGUCAUUGUGCAUGAACUGCAGCACACACGGAGCAGACGACAUGGAGGUGAUCUCUAGCCUCAUCAAGAUCAGGCUGAAGCCUAAAGUCCUUCUGAACCACUACAUGCUGUGUGUCAGAGAGCUGCUAAAUGCACAUAGAGACAAUUUGGGCACGAUGGUGAAGCUGGUGAUUUUCAACGAGCUUUCUAAUGCCAGGAAUCCCAACAAUAUGCAGGUUCUGCACACAGUGCUGCAGCACAGCCCAGAGCAAGCACCAAAGUUCUUGGCGAUGGUGUUCCAGGACUUGCUAACCAAUAAGGACGAUUACUUGCGAGCCUCUAGAGCUUUGCUCAGAGAGAUCAUCAAACAGACAAAGCAUGAGAUCAAUUUCCAGUCGUUUUGCUUCGGUUUGAUGCAGGAGAGAAAAGAGGCGACCUAUGUAGACAUGGAGUUCAAAGAGCGCUUUGUGAUCCAGGUGACGGAUUUACUCACAGUCUCCAUGAUGUUGGGCAUCACUGCUCAAGUUAAGGAAGCUGGCAUUGCAUGGGACAAAGGGGAGAAAAAAAAUCUAGAAGUUCUGAGGUCUUUCCAGAAUCAGAUUGCUUCCAUCCAGAGAGACGCCGUGUGGUGGCUUCACACUGUGGUCCCUACAAUCAGCAAAGUGGGUGCCAAAGACUAUGUUCACUGCCUUCACAAAGUGCUUUUCACCGAGCAGCCUGAGACCUAUUACAAGUGGGACAACUGGCCUCCAGAAAGUGACAGAAAUUUCUUCCUUCGCCUUUGCUCUGAGGUGCCGCUGCUCGAGGACACUCUGAUGCGCAUCCUGGUCAUCGGGCUGUCCCGUGAUUUGCCCCUGGGGCCAGCCGACGCCAUGGAGCUCGCAGAUCACCUGGUCAAGAGAGCGGCUGCAGUUCAAUCUGAUGAUCUAGAAGUCCUGAGAGUGGAGAGAAUCCAGCUAAUUGAUGCUGUGCUGAAUCUGUGCACAUACCACCACCCAGAGAACAUUCAGCUGCCAGCAGGGUACCAACCGCCUAAUUUGGCAAUAUCGACGCUCUAUUGGAAGGCAUGGCUCCUGUUACUUGUGGUGGCUGCCUUUAAUCCUCAAAAAAUAGGCUCGGCUGCCUGGGAUGGUUAUCCUACACUAAAAAUGCUUAUGGAGAUGGUAAUGACAAAUAACUACACGUACCCGCCAUGUACCAUCGCUGACGAGGACACAAAGACAGAAAUGAUCAACAGGGAGUUGCAAAUCUCCCAACGAGAGAAGCAGGAGAUUUUGGCCUUUGAGAGCCAUUUGGCAGCUGCCUCUACUAAACAGACCAUCACAGAGAGCAACAGCUUGCUGCUGUCUCAGCUUACCAGCCUGGACCCACAGGGUCCUCCGCGUCGGCCUCCUCCUCAGGUCCAGGAGCAGGUGAAAAGCCUCAACCAGUCUCUCCGUCUCGGUCAUCUCCUCUGUCGCAGCCGCAGCCCUGACUUCCUGCUCAACAUCAUCCAGAGACAGGCAUCCUCUCAGUCCAUGCCCUGGUUAGCCGACUUGGUCCAGUCCAGUGAGGGGUCCCUGGAUGUGCUUCCAGUACAGUGUCUGUGUGAAUUUCUCUUGCACGAUGCUGCAGAUGACGGCCUGCCAGUGGAGGAUGACGAAGAUGCAGAGAGCAAAGAGCAGAAAGCUAAAAAGAGACAACGACAACAAAAGCAGAGGCAGUUACUUGGGCGACUCCAGGAUCUUCUCUUGGGCUCUAAAGCUGACGAACAGACAACCUGUGAAGUUCUGGAUUACUUCCUGCGCCGUCUCAGCUCUUCCCAAGCUGCUUCUAGAGUCCUAGCCAUGAAGGGUUUAUCUUUGGUGCUGAGUGAAGGAGGCUUAAAAGAUGGAGAGGAGCGAGAGCAGCCCAUGGAGGAAGACUCUGCAGAUGCUGAGCUUCUCCCUGGUUACCAGUGGCUGCUGCAGGACCUCCCAAAGCUCCCCUUAUUUGACAGCGUCCGGGGCAUGACUUCAACCGCCUUGCAGCAGGCCAUUCACAUGGAAACAGAUCCACAGACCAUCAGUGCAUACCUCAUCUACCUUUCCCAGCAUGCUCCCAUUGAGGAGCAGGCAGCUCAUAACGACCUUGCACUGGACAUUGCCCGUCUGAUCGUGGAGCGAUCCACCAUCAUGAACAAUUUGUUUUCCAAACACUCUAGCAGACCUGAAUCUAAUGCAGUGCUAUCUGCUUUCCUCACUAUUUUUUCUACCUACAUCAAAAGGAUGAGGAAGACUAAGGAGGGCGAGGAUCUGUACAGCUGGUCAGAGUCUCAGGACCAAGUGUUCCUCCGCUGGACCACAGGGGAGACGGCUACGAUGCACAUUCUUGUGGUCCAUGCAAUGGUCAUCUUGCUGACACUGGGACCACCCAAAGGAGAGAGUGAUUUUUUUGCUCUCUUGAGCAUCUGGUUUCCUGAAAAGAAACCUCUGCCUACUGCUUUCCUGGUUGACACCUCAGAGGAGGCUCUACUGCUGCCGGACUGGUUGAAGCUGAGGAUGAUCCGUUCAGAGGUCUCUCGAUUAGUAGAUGCAGCUUUACAGGACUUGGAGCCUCAGCAGCUGCUGCUGUUUGUUCAGUCUUUUGGCAUUCCCGUCUCAAGCAUGAGUAAACUCCUGCAGUACCUGGAUCAGGCUGUCUCUCAUGAUCCAGAAAGUCUGGAGCAAAACAUCAUGGACAAACAUUACAUGGCUCAUUUGGUUGAGGUGCAGCAUGAGCGAGGUGCCACUGGGGGGCACACUUUCCAUUCUCUGCUUAGCUCUUCCCUUCCUUCACAAAGAGAUUCAUUGGAAACUAGUAAGGCAAAGGUUACCUUGGAAACACCUCACAGCUCUGUAAAAAUGAGAGCAACCACUCAACUUCCAUCAGUCGGGCCUGAGGAUGAUCUCACUGGCAUGUUGCUUCAGAUUUUCCCCAUAAAGGUGGACCCUCAUUGGCAUGGGCCUCCUCCCAGUCAGCUCUCUCUCGCCCUGCAGCAGGCCUUGGCUAAGGAACUGAUGCGGGCCAGGCAAGGGCAGAUUCAGCAGGGGGGCAUGGCCUUUCGUCUCCUGCAGGCUAUCGCAACCCUGCUCACUUCCACCCAUGCAGGGCUUAUUGUCAUAUCAAUGCACCGCAGCCAUGUUCUCUCUUGUCCUCUAAUGCGCCAGCUUCAUCUGUAUCAGCGUCUUGUAUCCCAGGACCUUGCUUUCUCCUCGCUAUUCCUAAAAGUCGUCGAUGAGAUGUCAAUGUGGUUAGACAACCCAACUGUGGAGGCCGGACCUCUGAAGUCCCUUCUCAAGUCCUUCGCCGGUCAGAGCACUCACAUACAACGACACAGUGACGUGCGUACAGCUUUCAUACAUCUGGCCGAGGCUUUGGCGUUUCGCAGAGACCCUGAGGUGCCACUAAGAGCUGUCAUGACAAUGCUGAAGGCUGGAGAAAGAUGCAAUGCUGAAGCUGAGCUCAUUGGCAAAGUGUUACAAGGAUUGAUGGAGUUUAAGUCGCCAUAUUUGGAGGAGCUACUGUCUCUGCUGAUGACCGUCGGUACUCAGAAUGGGGCUGCUGGGCCUGUUGCCAUGGUGAUAUCCCUGCUCCUUCAGGAAAGUGAGGAGCGAACAGUGAAAAAGGAAUCGGAUACAAAGAGCGAUUCUGAGGUAACAAAGUCAGGACUAAACUCCGGGCUGCUGGUUGAUUGGCUGGAGCAUCUUGACCCUGAAGUUACCUCGGUGUGCCCGGACAUGCAGCAGAAACUGCUUUUUGCCCUCAACAAGGCACGGGGCACCCCGGCCUACAGACCUUAUCUUUUGGCCUUGCUUACUCACCAGUCCAACUGGUCUACCUUGCUGCCGUGCAUCAGUGCUCUGCUCAGCAAGCACAGAGACUACAAACUGGAUCCAUCAUCAGCCCUCGACUUCCUCUGGGCAUGUAGUCACAUUCCACGCAUCUGGCAAGGACGUGACCAGAAGAUCCCUCAGAAGAAAACCGAGAAGUUUGUACUGCGACUGAGCUCUGAGGAGCUCAUCAGCCUAGUGGACCUGAUCUUGUCAGAGUCAAAGCUCAGUAGUGUCAACUCACCCAGUGAUGAUAAAAGUGUCCUGGACCAGGCCUCCUGUUCCCUUAUCCAAUCCAGACUCCCCCUCCUUCACUCCUACUGUGAUGGAUCCCUUGAAAACAUCAAGAAAGUAUCAGAAUACCUCAUUAACUGCACAAUGAAGUGGGAUGACAGUGCAAUGAGUAAGUGGUGCCAGAACCUGCUGCUGCAAAUCUAUCUACACUUCCCUGAGGUCAUCCAGCACGUAACCCUGCCUGGAGACACGUUCAGCAGUGGCGGGGCUGCAGACGGUAGCAGCUGCAAGCUGGAUGUACUGGUUCAUCGCCUUGUCACACUGCUCGCUGAUGUCGGAGACUCAAAGUCUGUUGAGGGUCGUGUCUCUGAUGCCAACCUAGCCUGUAGGAGACUGGCUGUGUCUCAUCCUGUUCUUUUACUCAGACACCUCCCCAUGAUUGCAGGACUCCUACAUGGUCGCAUUCACUUAAACAUGCAGGAGUUCCGGCAGCAAAACCACAUGACCUUCUUUAGCAAUGUGCUGGCCAUCCUGGAGCUCCUGCAACCACUUGUUUUCCACAGUGACCACCAGAGGGCGCUUCAAGACUGCCUUCUGUCCUUUAUGAAAGUUCUUCAGAACUUUCAGAGGAGUCGUUCUCCGCUGAUCUUCAUCAAUAAGUUUCUGCAGUUUACACAGAAGUACAUAACACAUGAUGCUGCAGCUGCCAUUCCUUAUUUACAAAAGCACUCUGACAUCUUACAGAGUCUGUGUGCAGAAAAUCCAGAUCUGGUCCAGCUAAAAUCUCUGCUAGCUGGACUCACUUUGCCAGUGAAAAGCUCCUCUGCAGAUGUCACAACAGAAGAUAGAGAUGAUGACUUAUCUACCGGCUCUCUGCCUCUGGUCAACAUAUCUGCUUCAUUUACACUGAGCGCUGCAGACAUGACAAUGUACUUGAAAAAGAUGUCAAAAGGAGAAGCAGUGGAGGAUGUGCUGGAAGUGUUGACAGAAGUGGAUGAGAAGUCAAGGAGGAGUCCAGAAAUCAUACAGUAUUUCACUAAUGACCUGCAGAGACUCAUGACCUCGUCUGAGGAUUUGAGUCGGAACAUGGCCUUCAGCCUGGCCCUGCGCUGCAUUCAGAAUAAUCCCAGCUUGGCGACGGACUUCCUGCCAACUUUCAUGUACUGUAUCGGGAGCGGUAACUUUGACGUGGUACAGACUGCUCUAAGGAAUCUUCCAGAAUACGUUCUUCUCUGUCAAGAGCAUGCAGAUAUUUUGCUCCACAAGGCUUUUUUGGUUGGCAUCUAUGGACAAAUUGACACCAGCUCAGUAAUCUCUGAAUCCAUGAAGGUGCUUCAUAUGGAAGCAACAACUUAACUGCAUCUUCCUGUCUGACUUAAAAUAAUGUCAUUCUUUCUCAGUAUUCCAGAGUCUCUUGCAGAUGAAAGAUUCUCCCCUAAAACAUUAAAGCAAGCAGAGUAAUAAUUCCUGGAUAAAUUAAUAACUUUUUGCAUAAUGCAUUAAAAACCCCUUUUAAAGAAGUGAAAAUCUUGAAAUUUAAGUGUCGAAUGUAACCACUAAACAUUCAUUUCAUGUUGCAUAUUUUAGGCAAUAUAUUGCAUUUGAUUUCUAAUGUAAUUAUAAUAAAUAGAAAGUAUAAUUUGGUUCAUUAGUUAGUUGCUUAAGACUUUCCAUUUAAUAAUCUGUGAAAAAGUACCUCAGAAUUACAUGUGAAAGGUAAAUAAAACAGGUUUUGUAAGCGUACAUUUACAGGGAUUCUUUUUGCAUUUGUGAAGUUUAUUAAAUUAAAAGCAGAAACAGUUUUAUGUUACUUCCACUCUUCAUCACACCAAACCUGUUAACUCUGUUUUAGCUUCAUAUUUUUUAAAAGGUGGAAAAUAAAAUAUUGCUUGUACUGCA